AUGACUGCUCCAAUGGUAAAUCGAAACGGCUUGGGACUGCACAAGGACACCCGUAGCCGCCUUGGGAAAGGGUUUCCCGUGGGAUCGAAUCACCCGUUAACGCUGUCUGAAACGCACCUCUAUUUCGUGAGAGCGUCUCAACGUUUGAUUGGAAUGAGACGAAGUGGCGAGGAAAAGGGGGAAACAACCCUGAAGACAUGCGCUUCUGACCCUGGACCGAUGUCAUUUGUCAAUAUCGUUACGACCCAGAGGGCUGAACACGUUCAGAAUUCCUGUACGGACGCGAAAGAGUCCAAGAGUCACACAAAAAUGGGAGGCUCAUCCGAACUACUCAGGGCUUUGAAUGCUCCGCCCUUGGUGGCUGCAACAGGUAUUGUCGUCCUUUCGUUGAUGCCGGUCGUGGAACAAGCAAUUCUGGAGGGUAAAAUCGCUUGGCCUGUCGUCAAAGCUUUAAAUCUGCUAUCCUACGUGCUCAAUUUUGUGGCUACGCAGCAACCUGGACGCAUUGAUGGGAUACGGCAAGACAAAAAGACGAGCACAGCUAGAUCAAAGAUACAGAAAGAAUCUUCCCGCGAUCAAGCCGACGUGGAGAUCUACUUGGCCGGUCGUCGCGGGAAAACCUUACUUGCUCCAUCCGGUUGGGCCUUUGCGAUUUGGGCUCCCAUCUUUUUGGGUGAACUUGCUUUUGUUAUGGCAUCGCUCUUUUUGAAAGAAAAAUCUUUGGAAGCAGCUGUCGUAAAGCAAUCCUCGGGAGGCUUUGUUGCCUCGCAAGUCUUUCAGGCCCUCUGGACCGCUUCAUUUCGGCCGCGGUAUCGAGGCAACGCUAUUUUCAUUUCGGGUGCAAUGUUGUCGGCAAUCGCCUAUUCGUUAUCCCAAGCCCAUCGUAGAAUCGUUCAGCUCUGCUCCCAUCAAAAAAUGAGCGUUGUUUCUUUCCUUGUGUUCGUCCUACCCAUCGCCUUGCAUUUCGGUUGGACUACUGCCGCGGCUUUGGUAAACUGGAACGGCAGUGUGGCUCAAAGAAUCGGAACUCCUCUGGCAACGGCUGGUGUGGGCUACAUUUCUGCAAUCGGGGCGACGGUCCUGGGUAUCUAUUUAACACGAACCCGUUCCGCGCCAACUGUUGGGGCAGUCUUGGCGUGGGCACUGGCAGCCUGUGCUACCGGAAUGACCGAACGAUUGCAAUCAACCAAGAGGGAGGAGAAAAACCGAGCCGGUGUUUACGGUGCGCGGACUCAACGCUUAUUGUGCGGGAUUGGAUCAGCUCUAUUAGCGGCAAACUCUAUUCUGACCUUCGUUCGGAUAUAUUACUAA